AUGGCGACAGAGCGUUCCCUGGCCGCACUUCUGCGAUCGCUACAGACUAGAUCUAGCUUUGAAGACGCCUCUGGUCUCCUUCCCACAGCUACAAGCUUCCUCUAUGUACUUGGAAAUCCCCUCAAUUUGAGCCUCCUGGCAUCACAGCUCCUUUCGGCGCCUGCGCUUUGGAACCACCCGGUGGACUUGCAGAUAUGUCGGAAGAUCCUGAGCGUUUUUAACACUGCAGCUACUGCAGUCUUGCAAAAUGACAUGGCGGAUGAGCCUCGAGUGACUUACGGCCGUAAUCGUAAGAUUGAACGCGAGACAUGGGUCAAGGCAGUGGUAGAAGGCGCGGAUGAGAAGUCCCCCCGCUGGAGACAUAUGCUUUUACUUGGCGGUAUUCUCUUAGGAUUUGAAGGACAAAACAGACAGGGUCUUCCCCCACGUAUUCGAAUGAAACUUGAGUCGGCUUUGGUGACAGCAGCACAACUAUCUUUGGAGGAGCUCACACAGGAAAAUGGGGUAGAUGGACAUUGCAUUACCAUGGUGCUGAACUAUACAUUUGAGCUCCUGUCUGAUUUAGAGCGAAGCAAGCUUGAUUAUGAUCGCCUUCUGCCCGUAAUGGUCCACUCGGCUUUCCUGUCGCCUGAAGGCCUUGAAGGUGGGUAUUUCCUAGGGGCUAUUGAUAAGGACAUUGUGGAAACAUCUGGGAAGCAGUUCCGCUGGGCACCCAACUCUACGACAUUCGGUGUUGUUUCUAUCAUAUCUUCGCGGCCUCUUGUAUCUGGACUCGGUCCUUUAUCUCGCUUGGUAUCACAUGCUGUGGAAAAUGUGCGUGAUCCGAAGCUGGUUGCACAAACAGUUGACUAUUUGGCGGAUUUUGUUCGGACGCUCAUGGUUCAAUGGCGGCAAAAUAAGUUGUCUGAGGUCGAUGUUGCUGAAGAGGCUGAGUUCUUGGAUGCUGAAUCCUUGGAGACUACCUUUCCGGCUCUAUGGAAGCUCCUUCGAAACUGCCUCUACUCGGUGGUUAUCAUUCUACGUGCUGUUCUCGGGAGGACCAUCAAUGACCCAGCUCUUGCUACCAAUACUAGUGCCCCAUAUCUGUCCAUGCAAGCCCUCCAUAUUCUUCGCAAUAUGUAUUUCGUCUCCUCCCGUAUAGGCCAGAAUGCGUCGUCACAACAGAAAUUCGUGUUUUUGGUUGCUGUGGACAUUCUUUCCCAAUAUCCUGACUUGGCUGAGAAUUUCAUGCGCAGCAUCAAACCCAGCGAUCUGGGCCAGAUUCCCUCUCACCCUGUCGAACGAUGUCUAGAUCUUUUCUUUUUGAACGUUGCAGAACAUUUCCCUAUGGCCUUGUCCCCAAAGGCAAAUGAGGAACUAUUUCUAUCUGCCGCAUUUCCAUAUCUCGCAGCUGGUGCCAAUCCCCUACUUUUGGAGAUCUUCGAGGCUGCCCACAGCCUGGUUCUGGUGGUUUUUGCCAUUUCUCACAACGCAGAGUUGGCUUCCAAACAUCUACCGUUCUACAUUGAAAACCUCUUCGCUGUAUUCCCCCACAACCUUUCCGCCAGGCAGUUCCGUCUCGCCUUCAAGACUAUCAUCCAAGUCACUGCUCCUCCUUCACCACUAGCCAACAUCCAACCACUGCUGCCCUCUACCUUAUUCGAAGUGGUUAGAGAUCGUGCGCUCCACGCAUCCUCUAUAAUUAUUACUCAAAAUUCUCAAAAUGUGUCUUCUAGUAAUUUGGAUACACAACCAGCUCUUUCUGAGCAAGUUGUCUUCAUCCUCGCCCUCAUUGAUUCCCUCUCUUUCCUUGGAGUGGAUGACCUCAAAGAAUGGCUUCCUCUGACUGCAAACCUCAUCAAUAUCAUAUCUGAUUCUAGCUUGCGCCAAACCUGCGCUGAUAGGUUUUGGGAAGUGUUAAGUAAUGGGGAGAUGGAUGUGGAUCGAGCGCAUUUCUGUGUAGAGUGGUGGAGCACUUGGGGUGGACGUGAGCUCAUCAUUUAUGGAGCUGAGUCUGCUUCUGGCCCUCUUCAGACUGCUGAUGAAAGUGAACCUUACAUGAGUGGUGCCGUGGGAAGAGUGGCACCUGAGAGUAAAUUGUGA